AUGGACUUCGAUCAAUUUCUUCAAUAUAUUGUUAUAUCGUUUCUCUGUCGGGAUCCAGACACUGGCAAGCUUCAUACAGUUAAUUCAACAUGGCCGUCAAGCACCUUCUGCGGCAACUAUCAUUGUAAACUUCGAAAGAAAAAUAUGACUGAAAAUGAUUUGGAGCCCGUGAGACAAAUUAAUUUUACAAAUUUCGAUAAAGAUACCGAUAUACCUAAAAUUGAAUUACUUCUAAAUGACGAUGACUAUCUACGAAAAAAUAAAAAUAUUAAUGUAAUAGGUAUUAACCCAGCAACAGAUCCAAAGACUAAUUUAACGCCUGGAAAAUUACCUUCUAAAUCUGGAAAUGGUGACAGAUACUUGACAGAUAGUGAAAUCAAAACGAUAUCGGCAAUAUUGCAUACAGUGAAAAAAAGUGACUUGGAAGCAAUAGUGGAAAUUUAUCAAUUGGCUCAAAAUAUUUACGAUGAAAUUGAUAAAACCAACCCCGAGGUCUUAAUACAAGAAACUGUAAAUGACUUAAACUUAAAAAUUCCCACGACAAUCAAAGGCAAACUGUUGAAUGCGGAUGAAACGAAACAUGUUUCUUACUGGUACGAUCCCAUUUCAAAUAAUAAUAAACCCCAAUCACUACAUAUUGUAAAACCGAAUUCUAAAUCGAACGGUAAGGUGUUUAAAACUGAAAAGCUAACAACAGUAAAGUCCAUAAAUCCGCCAAAUGAUUUCGGAAGAACAAUCAGUUAUUUCGACGGAGCUCUAACAACAAAAGAUUUUGGUAGAUUACCUUAUUAUUAUCCUUUAUCAUUAUUCCAAAGAGCUUCAUCUUAUAUACAUCAACCUUUAGUUGUUUCUAAUACACCGUACGUGUCUACUACAGAUAGGAAUAAAAUAACUCGAACGACUCAAACACCGGCUGCAAAAUACAAUAGAGGUCAAAAACCGGCUAUAUACUUACCAUAUCCAUUUUUCAACGUACCCCACAAUUACAAUUUGACGUCCCCUAAAACUUUGUACCACAGUAAGAAUUACGUUGAUCGCUAUGAAAUGAGUUUGGAUAAAGCCAAAGAGCAAAGCAAAAAUGUUGUUUUAAUAAACCCUGAUUUAGAAAAUAUACAGGAACUUGGUGUAAAACGCGAGAAACUGGGAAGAAGUAUAUCGAAGAUAAUGAAACCCGAUAAGAGCAAAGAACAGAAAACUACUCAUGAUUGGCAAACUGAUCCAAUAUCUAGAACGAUUUUAGACGAAGUGAGAGCGCAUUUGGAUAAGACGAGGUUCCUCAAGCCCUUGUCUUUAAGAAAGAAAAUAAAACUGGAGAAGGUAGGGAGAGUGGUCAAAUUAGAUGAGUCUAAUAAGAGAAAUAAGAGGAGUUCUAAGGUGAAGGAUGAAGCGGCGGAUUUAGAGUUUUAUGAAGUUUAUCUUGAUAAAACUACAUGCAAAUCAGAUUAUUCUAUCCCUGGAUUCUUCAGAUACGGUAAUUUAAGUCAACCAUUUCCCCAAUGUUGCCCACAAAGAAUAAAAGAUUAA